GAAGACAUUGAUCAUUGGAAACGUCUUUAAAGUUUCGUUAUCAUAGUUACAAAGGCGCCUAUUUCGAAGGGGGAUUUGUAACAUUAGCGACAAGGUAAGAUAUGGGCGAACUUUAUUUUAAAAUUAUUAAUUGGUUGGUCGUUUGGAUCUAUGAAUUGAAUUGAGCACUUGCAGUUGGUUAGAAUUACAUCAAUCUGAGAAUAUACACGCAUCUCUUUGGGUUAUUAACUCCAACAGCAAUUCCAGCCAACUAAUAUAGUUUCUCAUUACAAUCUACUUCUAUUUUUGAUUGCAAAAUAAUUUUAAUCUGGGGCUCGUGUUAUUGCUCAUUGUUACCUGUUGCACUUUUUAGUAAACCCCUCACAAAUGCUACUCUACAUACUCCCCUAAUAUACCAAGUACCACCUAGCUAGACGUGAACCGCUUCACACGGCGAGAAUGAAAAAUAUAGAUAGGAAAGAAUUUUUAUUUGAAAAUCCUGUUAAUGAUAUACCUAUGGACGUAAGACGAGUGAAACUGAUCAGUCAAUCAGAAUGGAAACGUUUAAAAAACCAACUGGAUAGUAAUUUGGGUGAAACUGCUAGAAUAGAAGCGAAGAAGUUAGAGAUUGAAAAAAUUAAAACACAGUCAAGAGAAAUGGUAAAAAAGUGGACAAAUACACUUUUGGGAUCAAGAGGAAAGAAGUUUGAGGAUCGUUUUAAUCGUUUGACCGAAGAGGAAAAAAGUAGAAUGGCCAUCGAUCGUAAAGAGGAGAAAUUCCAAGUGGAACAAAAAAAGAAAGCUGUCGAUAAAGCGAAGCAGCAAUUAUAUUACGAAACGGAUCGUGUUCGAUCAUUACAUUCAGGCUUAAACCUAACAGAAACUUUGAAAGAACGUGAUAUGCAACUGAGAUUUAAACAUUUCAAAAAUAAAUCAGAAGUGAAUAAAGGAAAAAUAUAUCUCGAAACGAUGCGGAAAAGUAUUGAAGGAGCUAUAAAGAAAGAACUAGAUGAAGCUGAAAGAAGACAUGAGAAAAAUUUAUUGAAUGCUCAAGAAUUAAUAGCACAAAUAAAAGAACAUGAUGAACAGAAAAAACGUCGUAAAGAACAAAUAUUAGCUGAAGGCGAAGCGUUAAGAAAGAAUGCAAUAAUUGAUUUAUUAGAACAUGAGAAGCUCGAUCAAUUCUAUCGUGAUCAGAUGAGAAAACUUGCAAAGGAAUUUCAAGAUCAAAUUAAUGGUCAUAUACAAAUGAAAGAGAUUGAAAAAUUAUGUGAUGAAGAAAUUGAAGAACAAUGUCGAUUGUUUGCAGCAGCUAAGAUCAAAUUGACAAAAAUGCGUAUCAUGAAGGAACGUGAUAUGUUUCAACAAAAAGAAGCCGAACUACAAAAAAUACAAGAAUAUUUAUCAGAACAAUUGAAAAAUGCACAAACCAAUGAAGAAGCACGUUUAAACAAAGCAACAACAGAAAAAGAAGAAAAAUACCAACGAGAUACAAAAGAAAAAUAUGAUAAACAACUGAAAAUUAUCCAAGAAAUCAAUGAAUAUAGAGUGGAUGAAAUAGAAAGACGUAGAAAACGAUUAGAAGACGAGAAACAAAUAGAAUUAAGUGAAAUACGUGGAAGGAUAGCAGCUGAAUUGGCAUUAACUGAAUAUGAAAAUGCAUGUAAGACAAAAAAACUUGAAGAACGAAAGCAAUUAUCACGACAGUUACUGCAGGAAUCAAUGGUAAAACGAGUACUAGCCAAGAAAGAACGCAAAGCAGAAAUUGAAGCGAUAACCAAUGAAAAUAAACUGAUUCAAAUGGAAGAAAAUUUUUUUCAAGAUUACGCAACCAGAGUAAUUAAUCAUUGUAAAGCGAACGGUCGAAAUGUUUAUCCAUUGGAAAAAGCAACCCACACAAGAUCAAUGACUGGUCUAGGCACAGGUUUACCAGGAAAACCAAGUUUAGUGACCAUUAAUAUGAAUCAUCCAACUGAUGAUCAACACAACAGUGAUCAAUCUACAAGUACGAAUGAUCAAUGUUACAAUAAAGAAAUGCGUAACAAUGCUAUGUUAAAUGGAAACUUGACAAAUAAAAAAAUAAUACUAACGAGCGUUUAGGAUUUGUUUGGUGAAUAUGUAUUUAUGUCUUUUAUGAAUUUAUAUUAAUCUCUUGAAAAUAUGUACUCUUUUACAAAGUUAUAUUUAUUUACUGG